AUGGAGAGUGUUGGAUCAAGCAAGCUAACCGGAAGCAUCAUUCUAGCAACAAAGCUCUUUGUCGGGUUCAACUUAGCAAGUAUGACAACCCGAAGGAAGAUCUUUCUGCCCACGAACGCCAACGGGGUCAUGAAGACUACCUUAUUUGAAGUAGUAGACGGCGAAAUGGGCUACAACAUAAUUCUUGGCAGACCAUGGCUACACGAGAUGGAGACCAUACCAUCAAUAUAUCACCAACUUCUGAAAUUCCGAACUCCAGAAGGAAUCAAACAAAUAAGAGGAAAUCAACCGGCAGAAAGGCAGAUGAAUGCGAUCUCGGUUUCCAACAGUAAAGGGAAGGAAUACGCGGCAUAG